GGGUGAGUGUGCAUUUUAAAAUCGCAACCCAAUCAGGAUUUAAUACCGACUAACAAGGAAAAGGGCUUAAACGGAAUCAAGCAAAGAUUUUUCUGCUGCUGAAUCACCCAUCAACACCAUGGGAAACAUUUCAUCCAAUAUCUCUGCCUUUCAGUCUCUGCACAUUGUCAUGCUAGGUCUGGAUUCUGCAGGCAAAACCACGGUGCUCUACAGGCUUAAAUUCAACGAAUUUGUCAACACUGUGCCUACCAUUGGCUUCAACACUGAAAAAAUCAAGCUAAGCAAUGGAACUGCAAAGGGCAUCAGCUGCCAUUUUUGGGAUGUAGGUGGGCAAGAGAAAUUGAGGCCCCUCUGGAAAUCCUAUAGUCGUUGCACUGAUGGCAUCAUUUAUGUGGUGGACUCUGUUGACGUGGACAGGCUAGAAGAAGCCAAAACAGAGCUACAUAAAGUCACCAAGUUUGCAGAGAAUCAAGGCACUCCCUUGUUAGUGAUUGCCAACAAGCAAGACCUGCCAAAAUCUUUGCCUGUGGCAGAAAUAGAAAAACAGUUGGCUCUGCAUGAACUAACUCCAUCCACCACUUACCAUAUCCAACCAGCCUGUGCAAUCAUUGGGGAGGGACUCACAGAAGGUAUGGACAGACUCUAUGAGAUGAUUCUCAAGCGCAGAAAAUCCUUAAAGCAGAAAAGGAAACGAUAGGCAAGAAGGAACUGCAUUCCAUUAGAUCAUAGUCUGACUUGCUGGCUUGAACUAUUAGUUAAAAACAGCAGUCAGAAGUUGGUGUUUAUAUUAUUUUCCUUAGUAUCACAGAGUCCUUCAAAUAUGCUUAUUUUUUACAAGUUCAGAUGAUAACCCAUUUGAGAUGCUGGCUAUCAUUUGAGAUGCUGAUCAGAUCUAUGGCAUGCCAGCCUAUCACUUCCAUCAUGCUCUCUGGCCCCAUGAGCCAGUGGGAUAAGAGAGGGCUUCAUAAUAUUCUAGCAGGACUAGAAGGCAGGCAAGCAGAACCUUGCCCUAUGAGUUGCUUCUGACUUUGUGAACUACUAAUAUGCAAGAGGCUCCCUUCGUUCUCUGGACAAUUCCUGUUUUUUUUUUUUAAUGUAUAACGGGAGAAACUACAUUAGGAAAGAAAAAUCAUAGAGCUUGAUAUUUCAGGGCAGGUCCCUGUUCCAUUCGGAUUAAGAUUUGUGUUGCCAUCUCAGGAUGUUACUACAUGGUGAUGUGUGCAUGAAGAUCUAGAUUUUGCUAAUGGGAAAAUGCUGUGAUUAAGGGGAAAUGUGCAUUAAAAAUACAGCUUUGAUAUAUAUCUUAUGAAUGGCUCUUUGAGCCACUGGUGGAAAACUAUUUCACAGCCUUACAACAAACUUACCAAGGUGUUUAUGAUCUGUUGUUGUGUGUGGCUAUUACAAGAUCAGCAAAUAUGAAAUCGCUGAACAAAUGAGGCUGGGCUACUUCCUGGAGUAAAUUUUAUGUGUUUGGAGGGAAGUAACCUGUGUCCCCUGUCAUUUCAGUUCAGUAUAAGAAUAUACAUAGGGGGUGGGCUAUUUUUCCUCUUUUUUUUUUAUAUUGUAUUUUGGAUGGGGUUUUUAAAAUUGGGUAAAGAGGCCUGUGUGUGUUAUCCAUGUAUGCCUAUAUUCAAAAACUGUAAGUUGGUGGUGUACUGAUGCACUUGAAUUAAAAAACUUGAGCUGCUUGGAUCAUUUGUGACCAGUAGCUACCUCUUGGUGCUGCUUUAUUACAUUAGAAAAUGUUAUCUUUUCAUAAGUCUACACACUGUAGCAAUAACCACUUAAAUUACUUUUAAAAAAAUACCAUGUCCAUGUUGUAAUAUUGAACUGUGGCCAUAUUGUGUUUCUAACAUUUAAUUUAAUCAGACAAUUUGACUCAUAAUUCAAUUUAUUACUGUAUAAUUAGAUGGCUUUCAUAAUCCAAAAGAUUGCAACUGUGAAAAGCAGUGAAGGAAGACUCAGAUUUGGCUGAUUUGGUAUAGAAAGUACAAAAAAAGGCAUAGAACCAAAAGGAUAAUCUGAACUUUCUGCCCUAGAAAAAUCCUCAGUCUAAUAAAUUAACCUUCCUUCCUGUUUAAGUUCAUGUUUCACUGUUGUGAUUGUCAAGAAUAUAGUAAGAGAAGCACAACACAACGUUAAUUUUAAAAUUACAGGAAAAUUGGUAUUUAUAAAUACAGUAAUAAUGCAAUCUGUACAUGUCUACCCAAUUGAAUUAUAUCCAGCUACUUAUUUAUAUACAUUUAUUAGGAAUUAGCCGUUUGUAUAACCUCAUUUAUAGUAUUUAUUUCUGAAUAAGGAUGCAUAGAUCAAACUCUAAGGUUAAAAUCCUACCAGUAGUAUGUAGGAGCAAGACCUUAUUGAGCAUGGAUUUAGUUUUAAUUGAGUCAAUAAUAUUAACUUCCUUGGGAAAAAACCCAUAUCUAAAUCAAGGAUACAGAAUUGUACAGUGAUAUGAUAUCCCAAAAGUUAAAAAAAAAAAAGCUUGACAAGUUUAAUUCUUCAACUAAUUUUAAAGUUUCAAUCUCAUAUUUUAGAGUUAUAUCCAUGAUUCAGUUUCUAGGACAUGGAUUAGCCACUUUCUGAUGAAAUUAUGUGAGUUUUAGAAAGAGGAACAGAAAAAUGUAAGCUUACCAGUAUGACAACAAAUUCCAGACAGUUGAUUUUUUUCCCAUUAGCAGUGGAGAUUUUCUGUUAGUUGUUUUAGGCAACUCUUUUUUAAGAACGCAAGGACCUCUCUCCUCUUCCAGCUGUAUUAUACUAGAUUAUUAUCAGAAAUCAGAGCUGCUGCUACUUUUUUCUCUGCAUUUUUAUGUUUAAGAAAGCUUUGGUUAUUGAAUAUUUGUUUGUCAUGCAGCUAUGAAAGGUACAGGAGCCCUGCCAUGAUACUGGCAUCUGCUGCAAUUCAAUUUCUAUACAUGCUUGUGGAAUUUAUUUACAUGAAUGGAGACUUGUUCACUAAUCCCCAGACUGGGCUGUUCCUAUUGUUUAAAGCAUUGCUUUUUAAGUGGUUAUUUUCUUCCACUUACUACUCUCUCAAGCAUGUUUGUUACCUCAUACCUGAAAAAGGAGAAAGAAUAUAUUCAAUAUUAAAGCCAAAUGCUGUCAUUUUUACAAUAUGGUUUAGGAAUUAAUUGCUGUUCAUAAUCAAAUUGUAUCAGAAGAUAUCUGGUUUUGGAUUCUUUUUCAUUCACAAAAUGUAUUUCUUGCAAAUAUUAAAAAAAAUGAAAUUUAUUUUGCUUUGGCAGAUCAAGUUGUACAGGUGUUGAAUUACUGCAGUUAGACCUUGUCAGCCAUACUAGGUAUUAAAUAUACCAGUCUCUCUAGUGGAUUAUUGAACAUUUUGAGUUACAAUUGAAAACUCUGCCAUGCAUAUUAUUUUUAAAGUCAGACUUUCUUGUAUUGUCUGCUGGGUUCAAAAGCAAUUCUGGCUAGUAUCUUUAUGAAUUAUCUGAGCAAAAGAAUACCUAAAGAUAUAUGAUGGUUUAAAAUGUUGCUUUUAAUGUAUUGCGUAAGCCUCAUCUAAGGCAGAUUCAUCCUAGUUUAAAUAUUCUUCAAUAUUUGUGGAGAAUAUUAUCAAAUACUACUAGUCUCAUUUUCUUCAUGAUGCACCAAUUAAAGUAUUCUAGCAAAAUA